AACAGAAAAAUGACAAGCAAAAUCUUUCGUUUUCCAUUUUCGAAACAAAAAAUGGCGGCUGUUGCUGUACAACCGACCGUAAGCGACUAUUUAUCCAAAAAACAGAAAGAAAGCGGCAAAGAAUUGGCUACGGAAUGGACCCAAAUCGAAGAGCUGCACAACAAAAAGUUAUGGCACCAGCUAACUUUGAAACUGCUGGGUUUCGUUAAAAAUCCUAGCCUGCAAAAGGGGGACAACUUAAUACAGCUUUACAACAACUUCAUCUCCACCUUCGAGAAUAAAAUCAACCCAUUGUCGUUAGUCGAAAUCAUUGCCAUUGUUGUUGAGCAGUUUGUGAAUAAGAAAGAUGCGGUUGUCUUCUUGGAGAAGAUCGAGACGAAAGUCAAAUUAAACACUGAUGCACUUAAUCUGUGUAAAGUUCUCCAAGGCCAGAUUCUUUUGGAGAAGCUGAACGAUUUGGAUGCGACCAAGAAGAUCAUUUUGGAUGUUGAAGAGACGCUUGAUAAUGCUGAUGGAGUUACGGCGGUGCACGGACGUUUCUAUCUCCUUGCCUCGCAGUACUAUCGCACACAAGGUGACCACGCCCAGUACUACCGCACUGCACUACGUUACCUCGGUUGCAUCGAGGUCGACACAUUAUCCGAAGACGUGAAGCACCAGCACGCCUUCUUCCUCACGCUCGCCGCCCUUCUCGGCGAGGGCGUCUACAAUCUCGGCGAGCUCUUGGCGCAUCCCGUCCUCGAGUCGCUCAAGUCGACCGAAAACUCGUGGCUCGUCGAUCUGCUGCACGCGUUCAACAGCGGCGACAUCACUAAGUUCGAGAACAUGAGGCCGAAGUGGGCGUCCGUCGCCGAUCUCGCCGCCCAGGAGCUCUUCCUCAGGCAGAAGAUCUCACUGCUGUGUCUCAUGGAGAUGACGUUCAAGCGGCCGUCGCACGAUCGGCAGCUGACCUUUACGGAGAUCGCGCGUGAGACUCGACUGCCACUGAACGAAAUCGAACUUUUGAUCAUGAAGGCGCUCUCGCAAGGUCUGGUGAAGGGGGCCAUUGAUCAGGUUGGCGGGACUGUCAAUAUGACCUGGGUGCAGCCGCGCGUGUUGGAUCGGUCGCAGAUUUCUCACAUGGUCAAUCGGCUGGACGUGUGGUGCAAGCAGGUCAACAGCAUGGCGAAGUUGCUAGAGGACAAGGCUUCCGAAAUACUUACGUUGUAAUUUUUGUAAUAAAAGUGUAUUGUGAAAUGUUAGAACUAAACUAUUGUGUGUAAUUUAGCAUAAUUUUCUUAUUUAAUUGAAUAGUUUAUUGGAAAUUC